AUGCUCGACGAACGCGAACUGGCCAUCUCCCCCAUCCAACCCGAAAGCGUCCAACACAAUGCUCGCACCGUCUCCAACAUCCGUGCCCUAACCGCCUCUCUCUUCGGCGUGGCUGCCGGCACUCUCGGGCUGGAAUCCCUGCCUGGAUUUAUUUUUUAUUUCCUAGGCACGGCGAUCGUGUCGGUGCUCAUCUUCCAAUUGAAGGCGGAGCAGAAUGCGAAGGCGUUUUUCUUUAGGCCGACGGGGGAUCUGUGGGCGGGGGAUAUGUUUGGGGUGUUGGAAGCACGUUUGGAGCAGGCCAACCUGCUGAAGAAGGUCGUCGACGCCAUCAAGGAUCUGGUCCAAGACUGCAACUUCGACUGCAAUGACUCCGGCAUCGCCCUCCAAGCCAUGGACAACUCCCACGUCGCCCUCGUGUCCAUGAUGCUCAAGUCCGAGUCCUUCUCGCCUUUCCGAUGCGAUCGCAACAUCGCCCUGGGUAUCAACCUCACAUCGCUCACAAAAGUCCUACGAUGCGCUCAAAGCGAAGACAUCCUCACCAUGAAGGCGGAGGACGCGCCAGAUGUCGUCAACUUCACAUUCGAGAGCGCCGAGAGCGACAGGCUCAGCGAGUACGACAUCAAGCUUAUGGAUAUCGAUCAAGAGCACUUGGGUAUUCCAGACACAGAGUACGCUGCCACGAUCUCUCUGCCUAGCUCAGAGUUCCAGCGCAUCACAAGAGAUCUCAGCGCGUUGUCAGAGUCAGUCUCCAUCGAGUGCACAAAAGACGGCGUCAGCUUCAAGUGCAACGGCGACAUUGGUAACGGAUCCGUCACUCUCCGCUCGCACACAAACGUCGAAAAGCCUGACCAGAACAUCGAGAUCAACCUUUCCGAGCCCGUCGCGCUUACCUUCUCCCUAAAGUACCUCAUGAACUUCUGCAAGGCUAGCGGUCUCAGCGGAAGUGUCAAGUUGUGCUUGAGCAAUGAGGUCCCACUUCUGGUCGAGUACGGUCUCGCAAACAACAGCUAUCUGCGAUUCUACCUCGCACCAAAGAUCGGUGACGAGGAGUAA